CCGUUAACCGCGCCUUUCACUCUCCCUCUCUUUCCCUCCAUUACACGCCACCUUCUGUUUCUCUCUCUUGUCUCGUUUUGUUCCAUGGCCACUUCAGAUCCACAAAAUGCCUGAAUGUUUCUUUUCAUUAAAUUCCGCAAUCCUGGCGCUCGAUUAAUCAAGCCUUAGAUUCACUUUUCGCUGUUUUCAACGGAUUUGAUGCUAAGGUAAUCCAAAAAAGCUGAUCAAUCAAUGCUGGAGCCACUAAAACAGACUAGUCCAAUAUUACUGGCUGCUUACCAAUGAAAGUUUGACGAAGCCUCUCCAGCUGGUCGAAAUGUUAAAACCUAGACAGCCAAAAUUAAUAUUGCAGCAUGCUACUUUUUUCAUGAUGAGAGAUCUAUUGCGCUGUUCUCGGCGGCUUUCCAUCAGUUGGAGAAAACUGUUUUUUGUUGGAGCCAUUGUGACUAUGGCUGGUUUUGUCCUUCCCAUGUGGCUACUCUUACAACCUGUAACAGUUUCUUCACACAACUCCUUGAAUGGUUCUAUGCAGUUGAGUAAGAGCCUCAAUGUGGCCAGAACUGAACAGUUUCAACACAUCACGGCAGCUCCCAUUAGGAAUUCUUCUGUUGAAGUGACUCAAAUGGAAAGAAAAAGGAGGAAAGAAGAGAAGUUAGAAGUCAUAGCCACUCCUCCUCCACCUCCUCCUGCGACACCACCAUCUCAUUUACAGAGACAAAUUUGGAGAUUGUCAUCAAGCAAGGCACUUAUGUUUGCAAAAAAUGAGAUUCAGCGUGCUCCAGUCCUUGUUGAAGAUCCUGAACUGUAUGCUCCUGUAUUUCAGAAUGUUUCUGUUUUCAAAAGGAGCUACGAAUUGAUGGAAAUGAUACUUAAGGUCUAUGUUUACCGUGAGGGAAAGAGGCCUAUCUUUCAUCAACCUCACCUUAAGGUUUAUGCUUCUGAAGGAUGGUUUAUGAAGUUAAUGGAGGCAAACAGUCAUUUUGUAACCAGAGAUCCAGGAAAAGCUCACUUAUUUUAUCUGCCUUAUAGUGUGUACCAGUUAAGUAUGACACUACGUGAGCCCAAUUCACAUGAUAUUGGAUCACUGGCAAACCAUCUUAGGGACUGGGUGAACUUUAUUGCUGCCAAGUAUCCUUUCUGGAACCGCACGCAUGGCUCAGAUCAUUUUUUUGUUGCUUGCCAUGACUGGGGUCCUUACACAACAACUUCACACAAGGAACUAAAAGAAAAUACCAUAAAAGCUCUAUGUAAUGCUGAUACAUCUGAAGGUAUUUUUAAGGUUGGACAUGAUGUUUCCCUGCCAGAAACCACCAUAAGAACUCCCAGGAGACCUCACAGGUAUAUUGGUGCAGGAAAUAAAGUAUCUAAGCGACCAAUCCUUGCCUUCUUCGCUGGAUUAAUGCAUGGGAGGGUUCGACCUGUUCUUCUUAAAUAUUGGAGGAAGGAUAAGGAGAUGAGAAUUUUUGGUCGUUUGCCUAGAAAUAUGUCUUAUAUUCAGCAUAUGAAAUCAAGCAAAUAUUGCAUAUGCCCCAUGGGAUACGAAGUAAACAGUCCUAGGAUUGUUGAGUCCAUCUAUUAUGAAUGUGUUCCUGUGAUUAUUGCUGAUAAUUUUGUCCUACCUCUCAGUGAAGUAAUAGAUUGGAGUGCAUUCUCUAUUGUGGUAGCUGAGAAGGAUAUUCCCAAGCUAAAGGAGAUUCUAUUGGAUAUUCCUAUGAGAAAAUAUCUUAGGUUGCAAGCAAAUGUAAAGAUGGUUCAGAAGCAUUUUUUAUGGAACCCUAUACCGGUCAAAUAUGAUUUGUUCCACAUGAUACUGCACUCAAUAUGGGUUAAAAGGUUGAACCAGAUUCAAACUGCAGAGUCAUUGUAAAUCUUUUAGGUUUCAUUACUUUACAUGUAACUACUUAAAAACGCUAGCCAGGUUUUGUUGAUUACUGAAACAAUUAAAAAGUUAAUGAUAGAGCUAAAAUUAGUUCCA